AUGUCAGUACCAAAAGCGGUAACCCCCGAGCUACACUCGGGCUUACCAUGCGGCGCUGCAUAGGGAUUCUCUGCAGAGCUUACCUUGUCCUGCGCUCCCGCGAUGUGUCCCCUGCAGCGUCCCCAGCCAUCUCCUCCGGCCGAUGCCAGCAUCCGGCUUCUGUGUUCCGGUCCCUGUGACGUCGGGACGUACGGGCGCCGGCCGCGGCGGGAAAUUUUAAAAUUAAAAAAAAUGACAUUUUUUUCCAAACAAAUUUUACAUGUGCUUUGUCCUGUGCCCUGCCUGCAUUUUGUCUGUUCUUUC